GGCAGCUCCUGGGUGCAGGUGCCAGGUAGGUGGCUCCGGCCAGCCCAGCCCCAGCAUGAGCUCCUUCGACCUGCCGGCGCCCUCCCCACCUCGCUGCAGCCCCCAGUUCCCCAGCAUCGGCCAGGAGCCCCCCGAGAUGAAUCUCUACUAUGAGAACUUCUUCCACCCACAGGGCGUGCCCAGCCCUCAGCGGCCCUCCUUCGAGGGGGGCGGCGAGUAUGGGGCCACCCCCAACCCCUACCUCUGGUUCAACGGGCCCACCAUGACCCCGCCACCCUACCUGCCCGGCCCCAACGCCAGCCCCUUCCUGCCCCAGGCCUAUGGCGUGCAGAGGUCGCUGCUGCCCAGCGUGUCCGGGCUUGGGGGGAGCGACCUGGGCUGGCUGCCCAUCCCUUCGCAGGAGGAACUGAUGAAGCUGGUGCGGCCCCCCUACUCCUACUCGGCUCUCAUCGCCAUGGCCAUUCAUGGGGCACCCGACAAGCGCCUCACCCUCAGCCAGAUCUACCAGUACGUGGCCGACAACUUCCCCUUCUACAACAAGAGCAAGGCCGGCUGGCAGAACUCCAUCCGCCACAACCUGUCGCUCAACGACUGCUUCAAGAAGGUGCCCCGGGAUGAUGACGACCCGGGCAAAGGGAAUUACUGGACCCUGGACCCCAACUGCGAGAAGAUGUUCGACAAUGGAAAUUUCCGCAGGAAAAGGAAGAGAAAAUCAGAUGUUUCCUCCAGCACAGCCACCUUGGCCUUAGAGAAGACAGAGAGCAGUCUCCUGGCAGGCAGCCCCAAGACCACGGAGCCUCAGGACAUCUUGGAUGGAGCCUCACCAGGGGGCACCACCAGCUCCCCAGAGAAGCAGCCCUCCCCUCCCCCAUCGGGCACCCCUUGCCUUCACAGCUUCCUCUCCUCUAUGACAGCCUAUGUGAGCGGGGGGAGCCCCACGAGCCGCCCCUUGGCCACACCAGGACUGAGCCCUGAGCCCGGUGACAAGACGGGACAGAACUCACUGAGCUUCAACUCCUUCUCCCCGCUCACCAACCUCAGCAGCCACGGCGGUGGGGGUGACUGGGCAAACUCCAUGCCCACCAACACGCUCGGCUACGGAGGAUCUGUGCUCGGCCAGUUCAGCCCUCACUUCUACAACAGUGUCAACACCAAUGGUGUCCUCUACCCCAGGGAGGGCACUGAGGUCUAGGUACAGAACAGCUCCUCAGCCAGAUGGACAUGCCAGAAAGAAAAGCAGUGGAGGUCCUCCAUGCCAGCCCCAUGGUGGUCCAUGACUGUGGAACUGCCCAGACAUAAGCAGGAGCCUCCAAGGAAUCCACCCUCUUUCUAGAACACUGGUUAAGGCUUCUGUUUAUCACACAUAGGCCCACACACAGAAUCACCAACUUUGCAAUGGAAAUACUGGUGCCUGCAGAGCAGCAAUAACAGUGGCAGGUGCUGUACUAGGCUCUGUACUGGCCACACUUACUGACAGUCACCCUGUAAGGUUCACAAACCUCCCCAUUGAACAGAUGAGGAAACUGAGGCUCAAGGAGGUUAAGUAACAUUUCCAGGGUUAUAUAAACUAGUAAAUGGCAGAGCUAAGAGUCAAAUCCAGUUCUAUGUGAUCCUCAGAGAUUGGAGGCUGGGAUAGAGAACUGGUUGAGUAGCCAAGGAAGGUCAGUGUGAAAAGCUUGCUAUGGCAAAUAGAGCAAAAUCUCUCCGCUGCUUUCUGUCCACCAACAUUUAGUGUCAGCCCCGGCACAUCUUGUCCUGGUCCAAGACCUUAUUCUGCUUGCCCCAACUUCCCUGCAGACACUCCUUUUGCUACCACUCAAGGAAGGAAGUCACCAGUGGCCUUAGUGCAGGAAACUCAGCCCUGGUGGCCCUGCAGAACAAUGCAUCUAACAUGUGCAGUGCAUCCCCAUGGAGAGACAUCAUUGCUCCCUAGCCCCCAGAAACCUUGAGCAGAUCCAGGGCUCAGUGAGAGGAGUGGUGUGUACCCCUAAAUCCUCCCACCCCAGCAGUGCCCAUCUGUAAAAUCUUGUAAAGCCCAGUUUCCUGUGUGCAUGUCAUGGGCCAGUGAGCUGGAGAUGGCUGAGUCUUCCAAGAGAAACAAGGCUGGAUAAGCGCUUCUUUUUUU